AUGUUUAUCAAAUUAUUUUAUCUAACUAUUCUCAAUGGUAUAUUUCACUCGGCACAUUCAUCAAUAAAUAGUCAACUGCCAUGUCCACGAAUAGAAUAUGUCACUGAAAAUGGGACGCGACGAAUAUCAGACGUGGAUGGUUUCUUCCCAUUUGUAACUGAAAUGAUGAAACAUAAAAUGGAAGGAGUUUAUUUGCAUUUAUAUGGAGAUGAAGGCGAUGAACCCAGUUCAGUGUAUUACAUUCGUUGUGAUAAAUCGGAGAUACAUCUGACUCUAUCAGAUCUAGCUGAAGUAACAAAUAAGCUUCUUAUGGAGAAAGAAGCAGGUCGUUCAUUGUUUCAUUUUGCUAUCAAUAACUGUCCAAAUUUUGAAGGUGACAUGAAGCAAUUUCAAUUGAAAUCACAAAUUCAGCUCUGUUACUUUCCCCCGGAAUCAAUUUAA